AUGCCAUUGGAUCCUAUGAGAAUUCAUUCUGGAGUAAAUAUAGAAAUAUUGAGGUUUGUUCCACCAGAAACGGCUCCGGGAGAGCUAUACCAAUCAUUAGCAGAUUUUAAUUUUUCAUUUCUCCAUCAAACUCGUUGGAAAACUAAAUGUAAAAUUUGGAGAAUGAAAACGAGAGUUGUCGUUAAUGCAAGUCGUGUUGAUAGUGUAAAUAUGCAUGAGACGGGAAUUCAUCGUUUUGGUUAUUCGCAGGUUCGGGUGCCUUGUCGUCGUGCCCAUUUUUACCAUUUACGCCACUCUUUCAAAAAUAUUGCUUUAAAUGAAUGGCCAAUUAAACUAGAUUUAUUACAAUACAAACUAGAACAACAAUGGCAAUUAAGAUUAAAUUUUAAUUUUACAAAAAUUGCUACAGAAACAAAAUUAACACGUUCGUCAGUUGAAAGUUUUGCUGAUUUUGAUAAUUGCAUGAUUGCAAUUAAUGAAGAACAUUGGUCUUUAAGAGUUUCUCGUUGUUUGACACCCCAUGUUUGUUAUUCUAGGAUGGCGAGGUAA